AUGGCAUACAUGAUUCCCGCGGCCAUCAUCAGCCGUAUGGACCUGCGGUACAGCGUCAUCUGCGCUCUGAUCAAGUCCGUCUUUACCUUGCUCGAGCCGAAUGAAGUUCAGGCUCUCGUCCCUCCUACGCGCGCAACCUAUGAGCAAUGGAUCCGCGCCCACGCCCGCCAGCCCGCCUACCGCGGCCGCGCCGUCCUCGACGUCCAGCCGCUGUCCUCCGGCAAGGACUCGGCGCUGCUCUGGCUCGGCAACCGGCGGCGCGCUAGGAAGGUUGUCCUGUACAUCCCCGGUGGCGGCUUCGUCAUCCCCAUGCUCCCCGGUCACCUGGACCUAUGCUGGCAGGCCUUCGUGGCGGCCGGCCUCGACGCCCGCGUCGAGGUCGCCGUCGCCAUGCUGCAGUACACUCUGGUGCCGCGCGGCCGCAUGCCGACGCAGCUCGACCAGGUGGUCGCCGCGUUCGCCGAGCUGCGCGCGCAGGGCUUCGCGCCGCGCGACAUCAUCGUCGGCGGCGAGUCCGCCGGCGGCAACCUGACGAUGCAGUUUGCGGCGCACCUGCUGCGGCCUCACCCGCAGGUCCCCGCAGUUGCGCUGCCGCACCCGCUGGCCGCCGUGGUGGUCAUCUCGGCGGGGCUCGGGUCCGACGCGGACGGCAGGUCGUUCCGCGAGAACAAGGACUCCGACAUGAUUACGGAGCCGCUCUUGAGGAGGCUGGCAGAGGGCAUGCUGCCAGAGGGCGAGGCGGAGAGGCCGGAGUCGGUGUACAACCCGUGGGCGCGGCCCCUGGACUCAGAUCCCGCCUUUUGGGCCAGGCUCGGCGAUGCGGUCACGGAAACGUACUUCAUGGUCGGCGACCGCGAGCUGCUGGCCGAUCACUCUCGUUCGAUGGCGGCGCUGGUGAAGAAGCAGGCUCCCGACGUUGUUGUUCGGCUCGAGGAAAUGGCGGGCCAGCCUCAUGCUGGCAUCUUAUUAGAGGCGACUCUUGGAAAGGUCGGCGAGUCUUUGACUAAUAUGAAGAAGUGGUAUUCGGCGCAUGUUAGUAGCAAGUAG